GAAAUAAUAUAAUAGAUAUGUAAUCGAUUGCGCAUGUUUGUUACUAUUUGUUAUUCUUUCUUAAUUCCCUGUUUCUUAAUACGUUCCUAGCCCAUGUAUACUUGACAAAAUUUCAAUUUCUCGAGAUGCUCCGACAAUCUAAUGCGACAUUGUAUAUAAUCACUGUACGCUGAGUUCCGCCUGGACCUGUCAUAUGUGCAACUUGAACGGUCGGUAACAAUUGACAGGUCCAGGCAUUAAUGGAAUUCAGCGUACAUCAUAUAUUUCGUCAAAUAUAGUUUUCAAAUUUGACAAUGGGUGACGCAGAAAGGAUGAAAAAAGAUGGGAACAACGGUGAAGACACAAAAAAUGUCAAGAAAAAAGACCGAAGUCACAUAACGGUGUUACCAGGAACAAAUCCAGAAAUGUACAAAUGUAACGUGUGUGAAAAAAUAUUUCGCAGCAAAAAAGGAAAAUGUUAUCACGAUUCUUGUAUAACAGGAAUCAAACCAUACAAAUGUAACAUUUGUGAGCAGAGCUUUGUUAAACGUUCACAUUUUGAAUACCAUGAACGUGUCCAUACCGGCUAUAAACCAUUUAAAUGUUCCUUGUGCGACAAGGCAUUUCCACAAAAAUACAAAUUGAAUAGACACAUGAAUUCGCACAAACAUGAGAAAGAAUUUGCCUGCAAAAAAUGCAGCAAGCGUUACAGCAAGAAGGAAGACUUGAAUAAUCAUGAAACCGUUCACACUGGCCAGAGACCGCACGCUUGCAAAAUAUGUGACAAAUCUUUUGGAAUGUUGACAAAUUUGAAUCGGCACCUGCGAACGCAUUCAAAGGAAAGACCUUACACGUGCGACCUGUGCAGAAAAAGCUUCAAAGACAGUUCGUUGUUGAUUCGCCACAAGAAAAUUCAUGGCAAAGAGAGGCCAUUUUCAUGCGCUCAUUGUAAUCGACCAUUUCUGUCCAAGAGCGAACUCGCUCGUCAUCUCGUGAUACAUACUGACGUUAAGCCAUUUUCUUGCACUCACUGCAACACCAUUUUCCGGAGGAAAGACAAUCUCGAUCGCCACAUGAGGCAUCAUCAUGCCGAGAAUGACGUUGAAAAAUCGUCCGUCGAACCAGAAAAUAAAAUGUCGAGUCAGCUAAUUACGCCGAAGCCAAAAUUCACCAGAGUGAAAAAAUCUUUGAAAACUGUAAAGCCUCCAAAGAUCGUGCCAAAUAAUGGAGAAUUAACGGGUGCUGCGGCCGAGCUUGCUCGAGGAAAUUCGCAAAAUCAAAUAAAUUCUCGGAUGGAUUCUCUAGGUAACAUAACUUCGAUAAUUCGAGGACCUGGGGAAUUUAGUAAUGCAGUACCGGUAAUCAAUGGUCCAUCAAUCGGUCCCAAGAUACCGGCCGUCAUAGCAGCAGUAGUCGAGUCGGAAACGAACACGGAUCCAGCGACGAGAAUGAAAAAAAAGACAUGCAUUUAUACGGAACCAAUACCAUUGGCCGAAGCUGUUACUAUAAAUCGAAGAAUCGAAGAAAAAUUAUAUCCACAAAAUUCAAAUCUUACAAACAAAUAUUAUUUCUUUCGUAAAAAUUCAAACACUGUUGGUGAACAGGAAAGUCAAGGAUCUGCGGCAGGAAAUAGCUCCAUACCAUCGAUUAAUUCCAGCUCUGGUUGCCAUAAUACCGAUACGACUCAUUGUGACAACAAUAAGGCUUCAGAGAUUUCUCAAGACGUUGAUAAUUUCGUUCCCACGAUAAGAAUCAACGAGAGUUCGCAGCAUUUUCAAGAAACUAUCAGUAUUCAUCACUGGAGACGAAGAACCGCUGAAUUGUAUAGGUCAUCACGUUCAUUAGCUGACUAGAGUGUUAGUCUUUGUCAAAUUCAUAGCUUCAACAUCCAAUACGGCACAUCGACUCCAACAGCUAAUCUUGUCUAAACAUUGAUAAGAAGUUCAUUAUUCCUUAACGACCUUAGUACUAAGCAUGUACAUAUGUAUUUUUGUGAAAUAUAAAUGACACGACUUAAAA